AUGCCGAUCGUGCUACUGCCUUCUGACGACCCCUUUCUGGUCGCUGCAAAAGAUGGACAUACAGCAAAAGUCAGAGAAGGAUUAAACAAAGGACAAAACGUGGACUCUCGUGAUCUGCAGUAUGGACGAACGGUAUUGACUUGGGCAGCCAUGCACGGUCACAGGGAUACUGUUCAACUUCUCCUUGAAUGGAAUGUCAGUGUCAAUGCGAAGGAUCACCAAACUCGAACGCCCCUGUCCCAGGCUGCAGCCAGUGGAAACAAGGAUGUGACCGAUUGCCUGUUAGCAGCAGGUGCCCAUGUCGAGAAUCGCGAUUUCUCUGGCCACACGCCUCUCAUAUUUGCUGCCAAAUCCGGGUCGGAUUUGAUCAUCAAAUCUUUACUGAUAGCGGGUGCUGAAAUAGACGUUCAAGACUGGCGAUACGGUCGGACGGCGCUUUCAUGGGCUGCAGAGAGAGGUUAUGCGGAUGUUGUCGAGAUGUUGUUGAGAAACAAUGCCGCAGUGGACCUACCGGACAAUCGCCAUCGAACCCCGAUGUCGUGGGCCGCAAUGAAUGGCCAUGCAAAUGUUGUCCAAUUGUGUUUGUUAUGGAAUGCGAGCACAGAGAUGAAGGAUAUGGACUACCACCGAACACCUUUUCUGUGGGCUAUCAAACAGGGGCAUGACGAAGUUAUUGGUAUUCUGGAAGACGUUUCGCCCCCGGAGAUUGGGUAUGGCUUAAUUCCAUACCCUACCCCAGCUCGGUCUGCUAGGCUUGAUGAGUUGCAAACACUCUUUCAAACUGUCUACCCUGAUUUUGACUGGCAAAAGAACCAAGGCGGAGAGAUCGUCUCGUGGGCGAUAAAAAGUGGCCGAGAAGAGGAUGCCCUGUUUUUAAUCCAGCAAGGUGCAAAUCUCAACUUUACUGACCAAGAUGGGGUGACACUUCUUUCAAGUGCUGCACAGCAUGGCUUGUCAGACGUGGUGAAGAUCUUGCUUGAGUCAAAUGUUAAUUUAGAAGCUGUGGAUGAGUUGGGUCGACCUCCGCUCCUCGAGGCUGCAGAAGCGGGACAUGCUGAGGUCGUCCGGAUUCUGAUAGCCAACGACGUCAACAUUGACGUCCAAGAUGAUUCUGGAUCAACGCCUUUGGGAGCUGCAGCCUGUGUCGGGCAUGAAUUGGUUGUAUCUUUGCUCUUGAAUGCAGGGGCAGACCCAAAUUUCGGGGGCACGCCAAGUCCUGUCUCAUACGCAUCUGACAAUGGAGAUAUAUCGACAUUGCUAUUACUGGUUGAAAAAGGAGCCUUGCUUGAUGAAGACUUGGAGGACUCACCCUUGAUGCACGCCAUUGACCAGGGCAAUUUGGAAUUCGUCAAGCUGCUUCUUGAGAAGGGCGCGGAUCCAUACUCUGGAUCAUAUGAGAUCUGUGAAUUUCCUCCUCUGUCUUUUGCAGCCGAGCGCGGGAAUGAGGCAAUCCUGGAAUUACUGUUGGGGAGUAGAGCAGAGUCAGAUCAAAAUAAGAUGGAUCAUGUGUGGAGGGCCUUAGUUGUCGCUUGUAAAGAAGGACGAACUCAGGUUGUCAAAACCUUGCUCAAGCAAAUCCCUUUCCAGCACGUGGGCACGGCAGGGACUAUUUCAGAUCCAGACCCGUUGGAGACUGCUGAAGAAUGGGGUCAUGAUGAAAUUGUUGGAAUCUUGCGGCCUUUUUAUGAGAACGAACACCCGCAGUAG